UUCAACCCUCCUCUUUUUCUCCUUCCUUUUCUCUCUACUUCCUUCAGCUUCAAAGGCUCUUUGCCUAUUAGCCCAAAGGCUCCCUUCUUUUCUUGGUCUCUUCUUCUCCAAAGUUUUGUUUUUUAAGUUUUCAAGAUUUUCUUGGAAUCUCCACCACCCAAAAUCUCUGAAAAAAUACCAAGAAAGUGUUUUUUUUUUUUGGUUCAUUUUAUAAGCCUGGGCACUCAUCCGCAGAAAGCCUUGCCAAUUUCUUUACUGAAAAAUCAUUAGUAGUUUUUUUCUUCUUCUAAAGCUAAUCUUAAUGCUACCCCAAUUAUUUCUAAUCUUUGAAAUUCAUGUCUGCAAUUCUCAGUGAAUUGUUUCUUUCGGGGUUUAUGAUAAAUUCCACAUAUAGGCGCAGGACCCAUUUGGUGCAAUCUUUCUCUGUUGUUUUUCUCUACUGGUUUUACUACAUUUCAUAGCCCCCUAAAUAACUACUACUCUUAUAUAAUUAACCUCUCUAUAUAUUACUUACUUACUAUCUUUAAAUAAGAAAAUAGGUAUAAUCUACAAUAUUUUUCGUUGUACUCUUGUUUCUAAGUCAAAAACUCCAUCUGGGUCCUGCUAGUUUUUUUAUUUUCUAAUUAUAUCUCUCUUUAUAUCUUUGAAGAAAAAAAAUAGUAGUGUUCUUGAAAAUUUUUGGUCAUGGCUUCAUCAAGUGGGACAUCAUCAGGGUCAUCAUUUCUUCAAAACUCAGGGUCAGAAGAAGAUCUUCAGCAAUUAAUGGAUCAGAGGAAGAGAAAAAGAAUGAUAUCAAACAGAGAAUCGGCUAGAAGAUCAAGGAUGAGAAAACAGAAACAUUUGGAUGAUUUGAUGGCCCAAGUAGCAACUCUAAGGAAAGAAAAUAACCAGAUUUUGACAAGUAUGAAUGUCACCACACAACAUUAUCUUAAUGUUGAGGCUGAAAAUUCAAUCUUGAGAGCUCAAUUAGGUGAACUUAGCCACAGGCUUGAGUCACUUAAUGAAAUCAUCGCUUUCUUGGAUGCAAACAACAAUUGUAAUGGUCUUGCCGUGGACCACAACGAGCCUUACAGCUUCAAUUUUGCACAAAAUGACUCUAUGGUUGAUGGGUUCAACAUGACCAAUUCUUGGAAUUAUCACUGUGGCAAUCAGCCCAUCAUGACUGCAGAUGUCUUGCAGUACUGACGUAACAUUAUUAGUCGGGCCAAUGAAUUCUGAACACUGAAAACCUGAAAGAAAAAAAUAUCGAAGGGUGGAAGAGAAAAGGAAUCAAAAGAGAGAAUAUAAUCCUGUUUUCAGCAGUAGAUCUAAGAUAAACAUAUGUACUAUCAAGUAGUAGAAGUACUAGUACUCUUGCUAAGGUUUUUUAUAUAUUUAUCAUACAACUAGUGUUAAGAAUAAAUUCCGUUUGGUGUUUCUA